AGAGUCAUAUGCAGAUUGUUGGAGAGUUUUACACUGUAUGGCUGGACAAAUAGAAUAUGUUGUUGGAAUGAUGGAGGUUUUACAAGAUUUAGUACUGACCUGUCUACAGACUGGAGUAGAUGACAAGAAACAGACAAGUAGGCAAGGUAGCAGGGGCAGCUCACAGGGUAAAGGUCGUAAGAAUGUAGUAGAACAAUCAGCUGUUACUAAGAUGGUGAUGGCGUUCUAUCAGAAACUGAUGUAUGUAUGCGAGGCAAGGUUAACAAUGGCUGCAAGGUCACUAACAGAUUAUAUAGAGAGUAAACUAAAGUCUGCCCUCGAGUUUGACCCAGAUUCUGGACAACCAUAUCUUGCUAUUGAAGAUCAGUCAAUAUUUCGACUAGAGGAGAUGAAAAGUAUAAUGAGGAUAUUCCAGGACACGUUGAGCGGGGAUGUCAGGAGUGUAUGCCAGAAAGUAGAGAUUAAAUAUCAACCAAAGAGGCUUCAAACACCACAGAUGAAAGUGGGAGAGUCAUUCAAGAAGAAAACCCCUCGUACACCUGGAACUAGAGGCUCUAUAGGUCAAUCCAGAGGAAGUAUGGACCAGCCACUAGAUCCAUAACUGACACAACCUGAUGUCUACCAUCAGACAUCCAGCCCCCAAA